ACCUGCGACAACGACAAAACAAACCCUAUAUUUGGGGGCUCGAGUCGAGAUUCAGGAACGGGCACUACUGCGACGAACAGCGACGAUAGAAGAGACGAGUGCGGCAUGCGUGCAUUACACGGAACGGGCACUACUGCGACGAACAGCGACGAUAGAAGAGACGAGUGCGGCGUGCGUGCAUUACACGGAACGGGCACUACUGCGACGAACAGCGACGACGAUUGCCAACACGACGAUUAUUGCUGGCAAGCAUCACUAAGACGAGAGACGACGAGUAAUGGAGGGAAUCAAUCCGAAGAGGAGAUACAAAGAGCGACGGGACCUGAGGAUGCGACGAAAGCGGCGGACGACAACGACGAUGGCGCCAAAGGGGGAGUACCCCUCGAUGAAGAAGAUGCGUGGCAAGGCGGAGAGGAGACGGACGAACGCGAGAGAUCCCAAGCUCUCCAACGAGAACUCGAAAUCUGCCAACGAGAGAAGGAUGUGACCGAGCGAGAACUCGCCAUAACACGGCGCGAGAUCGAGCUGCUACGUAUGACGCAAAACAAUAACACGACGAAUGCCGCCAUAUUGACGACUCGGGCACCGAGCGACGUCCCGCUUGGUAACAGCCGAGGCACGGAAGUACGAGGUGCGAAUCAACAGUCGACUAUCGCAGAGGACGACUCACUUACACGGACGACGAAGGUAAAUGUGGCCGUCGUAGCGGACCUACUGAAAUACUUCAACGGUGACACCAAAACGUUCGAGACGUGGGAGAAACAAGUGAGGUUUCUCAGCGCCACGUAUAAGCUAAACAAUGACUUGACUAAAAUUCUGAUCGGCACAAGACUCAAGGGACGCGCGUUAGACUGGUUUCACUCGAGACACGAAUACAUGGAAAUGACACCAGACACGUUACUAGACAACCUGCGAGGCAUGUUCCACCGGCAGCCGAACAAGCUAGCGAUGAGGAAACGUUUCGAGGAACGAACGUGGAAGAGGGACGAGACGUUCCAUGAUUACGUCCACGAGAAGACAAUAAUGGCAAAUCGUAUAGCUAUCCCAGACGACGAGGUCCUAGGAUACGUAAUCGAAGGCAUCCCGGAUCCGGAACUACGCGAUUUGGCCCGAGUACAGGGAUUCACCACGAGGGACGAGAUUCUAACGAGAUUCAGCCAGAUAUCGUUACGAGACAAGGGCUACACAGCGGCGACAACAGCGAGUUCGAAGGGCGACGACAGAAGCGGUGGCGCGAAGCGUAAGGCGGACAAGAGUGGCAAGAGUAACGCGAACGAGAAGCCCGUGGCGGACGACGAGAAAAAUCCGAGUGAGAAGAAGGGGCGCGGUACGACGAAGCGUUGCUACAGUUGUGGGCUGAAGGAUCACGUGAGUGCGAAUUGUCCGACCAAGGAGAAAGGUAACAAAUGUUUUGAGUGUCGUGAGUACGGGCAUAUAGCCUCUAAGUGUCCCAACAAAGGCGCGGCAAAGGACAGUUGCGCGAUCGCUCAGACCCACCGGCGUAAGCGAUUUAAGAGUGUAUCGGUUAACGACGUUGUGAUACAAGCGAUUAUUGAUUCGGGAAGCGACAUCACUAUAAUGCGCAAAGACGAAUACGCGAAAAUAGGCUCUCCGCGUUUCGAGUUCGAAGGGACGCCGUUUAGGGGAAUAGGUACCGCGGUAAACACCACGGAAGGAGGAUUUCGCGCGAAGUUGACGGUUGACGGGAAUUGCUAUACAAUUUCCAUUCACGUUGUGUCGGAUGAGUUAUUGAGGUAUAACCUAUUGAUCGGUAGCGAUUUUCUCGAUACAGUCGAUGUACAUUUAAGACGCGGUGAACCUACUAUAAUAAAACCGUCAAGCGACGGCGACGGUAAUAGUCUCGCAGAGGUUUGCCAAAUCAGCGUAGUCUCUGACCGAGAGGGUGACACAGUAGACGUAAGUCACGUACAUAACGCCGAAUAUAAGCAGAUUGUGAAAUCCGUAGUAGACAGUUAUAGACCGAACCGAAUACGCGAAACGGGGAUCAAAAUGAAACUUGUACUAAAAGACGACGACCCGGUCUGUCUUAGUCCGCGAAGGCUAGCGAUGGCCGAACGGAAUGAAAUAAAUGCGCAGAUAGACGAGUGGUUAGAGAACGGUAUUGUAAGACCAUCUGUAUCCGAUUACGCGAGCCCAGUAGUACUGGCAAAAAAGAAGGACGGUUCGAACCGACUUUGUGUCGACUACCGGUUACUUAAUAAAAAGAUUGUUAGGGAUAGAUACCCAUUACCGCUAAUAGAGGAUCAACUUGACGCACUGCAGAAUGCGACGGUAUUCAGUACGCUCGACCUAAAGAACGGUUUUUUUCAUGUAAGAAUGGACGAAUCAAGUGUAAAGUAUACUGCAUUCGUGGUUCCCGACGGACACUACGAGUUUCUCAGGGUGCCGUUUGGUCUCUGCAACUCCCCCGCGGUUUUUCAGAGAUUUGUAAAUACCGUAUUCCGAGAUCUUGUUCGCAAUGGAGAUGUACUGGUUUAUAUGGACGAUCUGAUAAUACCGUCGAUCGACUGCGAAGUAGGGUUAGAAAAACUCAAACGCGUGUUAAGCGUGGCCAGCGAAAAUGGCUUAGAAAUAAAUUGGAAAAAGUGUAGUAUGUUACGAGCGAGUGUCGAAUAUCUGGGUCACACGAUUGAAAACGGGUGCAUCCGACCAUCCGAGCGUAAGACGGAGGCCGUAAAGAGAUUCCCGGCGCUCACGUGUGUCCGGCAGGUACAGUCAUUUUUAGGAUUAACGGGUUAUUUUCGAAAAUUCGUGAGGGGGUACUCCGUCAUCGCGCGACCACUGACAGACAUGCUGAGGGCUACCGCGACAUUUAAAUUCGGAGAAAAGGAACAAAGCGCCGUUGACCAGCUAAAACUAGCAUUAACAGAUAAGCCCGUCCUAAAUUUGUAUAGAGUCGGAGCGGAAACCGAACUGCACACCGACGCGUCGAUGCACGGUUACGGUGCGAUUCUGCUGCAGCGAAAUAGCGACGAUGAUGCAAUGCAUCCGAUAUACUACGCGAGUGGUAAGACCACUCCUGCUGAGGAGAAGUACCCGAGCCACGAGCUCGAGGUGCUCGCCAUAGUUAAAGCGUUAAGGAAGUUUAGGGUAUAUUUACUCGGUAUAGACUUUAAGAUUGUUACAGACUGUCGUGCGUUUACUCAAACUAUGUCCAAACGAGAUCUGUGUGUACGCGUAGCGAGAUGGGCGCUCAUGUUAGAGGAGUUUCGUUAUGAGAUUGAGCAUCGGCCAGGAAAGAGCAUGUCCCAUGUAGAUGCUCUGAGUAGGAACCCACUGCCCGCUUGUUUGCUCAUCGAUGGGGAGAACAGUGGACUGACAGCGAAACUGGGAAGAGCUCAACGUGACGAUGUCGACAUAAAUAGAAUCCUGCAACUACCGGAGGAAAAAAGGGGACCCGGAUAUGCGGUCCGUGGAGGGUUGCUGUUCAAGGAGGUUGAUGGUGACAUUCGGCUGAUGGUACCAAAAACGAUGUGCUCACAGAUAAUCAGGAGAGCUCACGAGAGGGGGCACUUCGCCGCUGCGAAGACAGAAGCGAUCGUCAGACGGGAUUACUACAUCCAAAACCUACGCCUGAGAGUUGAGAAAGUGGUGCGGAACUGCAUAGACUGUAUAUUAGCCGAGAAGAAACAGGGGAAGCAAGAAGGUUUUCUGUCCCCGCUUGACAAAGGCGAUACUCCACUCGAUACCUUUCAUAUCAUCUGGGGCCGCUCGCGUCGACCAAAAAGAGCUAUAGACACAUUUUUGUGGUGA